AAAAAAAAAAGAGGUUCCAUGUGUGGAGCCUUGAGGAACCCCACAUGUUAUUUCUCUCCACUCCAAUGUUUAAUUACAAAAUAAUAGCAAGAAAUAUUAUAUUCAGUCUGUAGGCCAUCAACUCCACCGUGCUUUGGUAAGUGGCUGCAUGAAUGUGUCUCAGUCAUGCACAUUGGGAAACUGAAACCAAAUAACGUCAAUGCAAAUGUGAGGAAUCUUGGGGUACUCUAAUUUACCUCAUUUGUAUUUAUAUAUAGUUUUUUAUUUGUUUUUCCAUCUCUUUUUUUUUUUGCUUUGUGUUCCUGUACUUGACUGGAUUUACCAAUUGCAUGUUGAUGAUGUGCAUUACUUUUUUGUAUUUGUAGCAAGUGUUACAACUGACCAGUUCCCCCACUUCUUUAUAUUCCGUGUCCUGUGGUGUAUUUAAUUUUGCCUUCAUUUUAUGGUUCUGUGGUCUAUAAAGUCCAAUGUGGUAUGAAACAUGACUCUUCUCUGAGAUUAUACACUUUCUAUCGUUAUAUUUAAUGUUUUCAUGUUUAGUACUUUUUAUUUCCCGGAGUAAAACACAAGCCGGAACCUUGUGCGAGCGAUGAUGCGUUUCCUUCGAACCUGUGUGCGACGGUGCACUUGCAGCGGAGGAAAUGGCGCCCGUCAUGUACAGCAGUGGCCAGCCAGUCAAGUAUCCUCCAAGUUGACACGUACGCUGAGACACGGAGCGGACUCUGCGGGCCACAGAAACAUGUUUGCAAGCAGAGAGGAGCCCGGGUGGUGUCGGACACGGAGGACAUAGCUGGAACAUCAAACUCUGGCAUCUGGGAACAUCACUGCUUCUGUAGACACCUUGCACAGAAAUGGCCAAAGAGCCGAUACAAAGCAGGGCAGAGACAUUAUCUCUGGCUGGAUCUAAUGGUCACAAUGACCUACAAUGGCAGACUGGCAUGAAUAACAUGACCAAUCACCCUCCAGGAGCCACAAACCACAAGUCGAAGAUGGCCCGCGUCGCCUCACAUGUCAGGCUUAAGUGUGCCGCAUACGUGCUGGCGCUGAGACCGUGGAGUUUCAGCGCCUCGCUCACGCCAGUGGCCCUCGGCAGCGCCCUGGCGUACAAACUUGAUGGCUCUGUGGACUUGGUCAUCCUGAUGGUGUGUGCGGUGGCCGUCCUUGUAGUCCACGGGGCAGGCAACCUUGUGAACACCUACUAUGACUUCUCCAAAGGGAUUGACCACAAGAAGAGUGACGAUAGGACUCUAGUGGAUGAAAUUCUGGCACCGCAGGAUGUUGUCAUGUUUGGAGCGUUGUUAUAUUCUUUGGGGUGUCUGUGUGCCACCCUGCUCUACUUCCUGUCCACACUCAGACUGGAACAUCUAGCUCUUAUUUACUUUGGGGGACUAUCCAGCUCAUUUUUAUACACUGGAGGCAUCGGCCUCAAGUACGUGGCACUUGGGGACGUGGUAAUCCUCAUCACCUUCGGCCCUCUGGCAGUCAUGUUUGCCCACGCAGUACAGGUCGGAUACCUUUCAGUGCUGCCGCUAGUGUACGCCGUCCCGCUGGCGCUCAACACAGAAGCCAUCCUCCAUAGCAACAACACCAGAGACAUGGACUCUGACAAGCAGGCAGGCAUCGUCACCCUGGCCAUCCUCAUAGGUCCUACGCUCUCCUAUGUCCUCUACAACCUCCUGCUCUUCGUCCCCUAUGUGCUUUUCUGCAUCCUCGCCACCCGUUACACCAUCAGCAUGGCGCUGCCUCUGCUCACGCUGCCAAUGGCCUUCCCCUUGGAGAGGCAGUUCCGCAGCCGAUACUACGCCAAGAUCCCCCAGAAGACGGCCAAGCUCAACCUCCUCAUGGGACUUUUCUAUGUGUUUGGAAUCAUCCUGGCACCUCCUGGUAGCUUGCCAUUACUGUGAUUCUCUAGGUUUGAUAUUUCAAUUUUGUUGUUUUAACACAGACUAGUUUAUGUCUCUCCUUGUAUUUGUACAAAGCUAUCUGAAGACUUUCACUGGCUUUAAUUUAUUGUCUAAUUUAUACGUCGAGCAGAGAUUUAGUUUAGGUCCUCGUCUGUGACACUGAAAGCCUAAUCUUUUUUUUUUUUUCAGUAUUAAGCCACAUGUUGGUAAAAUUAAGAAAUGUUGGUGUUAUUUGUAGAGGUGGACAACAUUUUCAUAGGUAAGGACAGACAAUAAACCAACAGUUGCCAUAAUUUUAAAGACACAAUAUGUAACAUUGAUACUUCCUCAAUAAAACGUUAUUUUUAACAUUGUACUCUGUACGGUA